AUGGACACUAAAGGUUCAUUUUCCUGCGGGAUCCUGUUGCUGCUGCUCAUGCAGUUCCAGUCCAGCAGAACCAACCCCAUCUACGGCCUCAGCCCAGCCAAAGAACUGGCCAGCAUGGAGGCUCUGCUGGAGAGGCUGGAGGACAAGUUCUCACUGAUGGAGGCCCUGGAGUCCAACCCUGAUCUUCAGGAGCCCGAAGCUCAGCAGGACACUCCACCAGAACUCUUCGACGACAGCAGUGACCAGCAGCCCGAGCCCAGGCCAGCCCCCAGCGCCCCUCUGUCCUACAGCGACCCCAUCCUCAAGCGACUGAGGGGGCUGCAAGCUCCCAAGAUGAUGAGAGACUCAGGCUGCUUUGGGAGAAGAAUUGACAGGAUCGGCUCUCUGAGCGGAAUGGGCUGCAAUGGUUUCAGGAAGAAUUAA